CACCGUUUCAUGCCUGUCCUGGUGAACGUUCUCUAAAAACACAGAAUAAUGAUGAUGAUGAUGACGAUGAUGAGAUCUUCAGUCACUUCUUCUCCAUUUCUUCUCCGCUCUUUAUUAAACCCUAAAUCUCUCUGCUCAUACCCACAAUUUCUCAAUAGACCUCAAUUUCCUGAGAAUCCCAACACCGAGAAAAUCACUUCAGAAUUCGAAUCCGAGUCUGAAUCCGAAAACGCAGUUUUCACCGAACCCAUUUCUCAAAACUCAGUUUUUACUCAAACCCAUCUCAUAAACACCCUCCUCACCCACAAGAACAACCCAAGAUCAGCUUUGAAUCACUUCAAACAGGUUGAGAGAAAGCGAGGCUUUGUUAAAACCGUGGAUGCUUUCUGUGUUUUGCUUCACAUUUUGGUGGGCUUCCCGGAGACUCAAAAACUUGCUAAAACCUUGCUUACUGACUGUGUUUUCGGGGAUUCAGCUCCGGCUCCGGAUGUUUUUGUCGAUCACUUAGUCGAAUGCGCCAACAGGUUUGGUUUCGUGUUGGAUUCGCGUGUUUUUAAUUAUCUGUUGAAUAGUUAUGUUAGAGCUAAUAGAAUUGAAGAUGCUGUGCUUUGUUAUAAUAGAAUGAUUAAGAGUGAUAUAAUUCCUUGGGUACCGUAUGUCAAUAUUCUUUUGGCUGCAUUGGUUAGGAGAAACAUGUUUGGUGAAAUACAUGAAUUGCACAAUAAGAUGGUAUGUAGAGGAAUUAGUGGUGAUUGCUAUACUGUACAUGUGAUGAUGCGUGCGUGCUUGAAGGACGGGAAGCCUGAGAAGGCAGAGGAGUAUUUUAGAGAGGCCAAGGCUAAAGGGAUAGAACUUGAUGCAGAAGUGUAUAGUAUUGUUAUUCAGGCUGUUUGUAAGAAACCCAAUUUGAGUUUUGCUUUUGUGUUAUUGAAGGAGAUGAAAGAAAUGGGGUGGGUUCCUUCGGAGGGUACGUAUACUUGUGUUAUAGGAACUUGUGUGAAGCAUGGGAAUAUGGUAGAGGCAUUGAGGCUUAAGGAUGAGAUGGUUAGUUGUGGGAAGUCAAUGAAUUUGGUUGUGGCGACGAAUUUGAUGAAGGGGUAUUGCAUGCAAGGGAAUUUGGAUAGUGCUUUGGAUUUGUUCAAUAAGAUUGGUGAGGAUGGACUUUCACCGAACAAGGUUACUUACUCAGUUUUGAUUGAAUGGUGCAGUAAGAAUGGGAACAUGGAAAAGGCCUAUGAGCUUUACACCCAAAUGAAAGAAAAGGGUAUCCAGCCUAGUGUCUUCAAUGUGAAUUCCUUAAUACUUGGGUUCUUGAAAUCUCGGUCACUGGAAAAUGCAUUCAAGCUGUUUGAUGAGGCAGUUGAAUGUGGAAUUGCGAAUGUUUUUACAUAUAAUAAGCUUUUGUCAUGGCUCUCUGAAAAAGGUAAGGUAAUUGAGGCUCAAGGUAUAUGGAAAAAAAUGACUGGCAAGGGUGUGGAACCUAAUGUAGUGUCUUACAACAACAUGAUACUUGGCCACUGCAGAAAGGGGGAUAUGGAUGUUGCAAAUAGUUUAUUUGUGGAGAUGAUAGAAAAGGGCUUAAAACCUAAUGUGAUAACGUAUUCUGUUUUAAUGGAUGGAUAUUUUAAGAAAGGUGACACUGAACGUGGCUUUGAUGUGUUUGACCAAAUGGUGGGUGUAAAUAUUGUUCCCACAGACUUCACAUUUAACACUGUUAUCAAUGGUUUGUGCAAAGUUGGCCGCACAUCUGAGGCAAAGGAGAUGUUGAAGAACUUUGUUGAGAGGGGUUUCAUUCCCUUCUGUUUGACUUACAAUAGCAUUAUAGAUGGAUUUGUCAAGGAGGGUGCCAUCAAUUCUGCAUUGUCUGUUUAUAGAGGGAUGUGUGAAAGUGGAAUUUCCCCCAAUGUGGUCACUUACACCAGCUUGAUUAAUGGGUUUUGCAAAAGCAAUAAUAUUGAUCUUGCUCUGAAAAUGCUGAAUGAGAUGAAAAGCAAGGGUCUUGAAUUGGAUGUCAUGGCAUAUUGCGCUCUAAUUGAUGGGUUUUGCAAAAGGCGAGACAUGGAAAGUGCACGUGAACUUUUUUCUGAACUUCAUGAGGUCGGUUUGUCUCCAAAUACAGUUGUGUACAAUAGCAUGAUUAGUGGCUUUAGGAAUCUAGAUAACGUGGAAGCAGCUCUUGACUUGCACAAGAAAAUGAUUAAUGAGGGAAUUCCGUGUGAUUUGCAAACGUACACUACAUUGAUUGAUGGAUUAUUAAAAGAUGGGAAAUUACCACUUGCAUCAGAUCUAUACUCGGAGAUGCUUUCCAAGGGUAUUUUGCCAGACAUCAUUACAUAUACUGUUCUAAUAAAUGGCCUAUGUGACAAAGGACAGCUAGAAAAUGCACGCAAGAUUUUGGAAGAUAUGGAUGGGAAGAGCAUGACUCCUAGUGUUCUUAUUUAUAAUACCUUGAUUGCUGGACACUUCAAGGAUGGGAAUCUGCAAGAAGCUUUUAGACUACAUGAUGAGAUGCUUGACAGAGGUCUUGUACCUGAUGAGAUUACUUAUGAUAUUCUUGUAAAUGGGAAAGCAAAGGCAGUAAAUAGUCUUGCUGGAGUCUUGUGAGUGUAAAUAACUGAUUGGAACCUCAACUGGAAUUGUUGGGGCAACUCAGGAAUCUUCAAUUUUAUUUUUCACAGAAAGGAGCCCACUCUUUUGGUCCUGGAAGCUCAGCAUGUGCCUUGGGUGCUUCUUCAGCUCCUGCGUUUGGAGGCUCUUCUUCAUCUUCUUCUGGUGCUUGGUUUAGUUUUCACUGUUAAAAAUGGGAGGAGGAUUUAGAGUGUUGCAUCUGGUCAGACCGUUUCUCUCAUUUUUGCCAGAAGUUCAGAGUGCUGACAGGAAAAUUCCCUUUAGAGAGAAGGUCAUUUACACUGUCAUUUCACUUUUCAUCUUUCGCGUUUGCCGUCAGCUUCCUCUGUAUGGCAUACACUCAACAACGGGUGCUGAUCCUCUAUUGGAUGCGUGUUAUUCUUGCAUCAAUCCGUGGGACUGUGAUGGAGCUUGGAAAUACACCUAUUGUGACUUCUGGGCUAGUGACGCAACUCUUGGCUGGGUCCAAGUUCAUUGAAGCGGACAACAGUGUCUGCGAGGAUUGUGCCCUCUUAAAUGGGGCACAAAAGUUGUUAGGCAUCCUGAUUGCUGUUGGUCUUGCAGUUGCCUAUGUCCUAUCUGGGAUGUACGGCAGUGUUGGUCAACUUGUGGGCAAUGCUAUUCUUAUAAUUAUUCAACUUUGCUUUGCCGGAAUUAUUGUGAUAUGCCUAGAUGAAUUUCUCCAGAAGGGAUAUGGUCUGGGGUCUGGGAUCUGGGAUCUCUCUCUUCAUAGCGACCAACAUCUGUGAAAACAUUAUUUGGAAAGCCUUUAGCCCCACAACGAUUAACAGUGGCUGGGGGGCUGAAUUUGAAGGUUCUGUUAUUGCUUUGUUUCAUCUACUGAUCACUAGGAGUGACAAAGUUCGUGCUCUUCGAGAGGCUUUUUACUAGCAAACCUCUCAAUAUACAAUAAAUUGACCUCCGGAUGAGUUGAGCUGAAUGGCACUUCCACAUGUCUUAAGUGCAUUUGGGGGGGGGGGGGGGGGGGGGGAGUAAUGUGUUGGCCUCGGUUUGCACCCCUGGGGGAAUGUAUUGGAGUCUACUGUUGUGAGUGGAAGGAGUGGCAACUUAUUUUUUACAUAAUAUACGUGAUGCUAUGUGCACAAUGCCAUCCUGUUAAUAGGAGGGUAUUGAUUAUAAUUUCAUAAACCCUUGCAAAUUCAACCUAUUGCAGCCGUUAAUUUGGGGGAGAACUUGAUCUAAGCAGGGAAAUGCAAUGAAAUGAACUUUGAUUUAAUGAAUCUGAUUUAAUACA